CCAGCCCACCCACGGAGCCGACGGAAUUGCCACUGCAUCAGCCGCUGCAAGAACUUGACACUCCACUCACUCAUGGCGGUGUGGCGGAAGAAGGUCGUGUUCCGGGCGCGCCGUGCGUGGGCCGCGCUCUCCGGCCGCAUCCUCGGCGCCCGCAAGACUGGCAACGGUGGCAUCUUGAAGCUCCACGAGGACGUGCAGACCUGCGGAUACCAGGACGUGCAGGUCAUGUUCGACAUGCUCACCUCUGAGCUGGAGGCAGCGCACGCACGCAAGCAGCCUCCAUCACCUCCGCUGGCAUGGUCCGACCCCUCCUCGUCGUCCUCAAUGGCGGCGGUGCAGUAGAGAAGAAGACCAUUCUUUGAAGAUGGCUGAGAAGAACUUUACCAGUUUUACAUGUUACUGCCUGCCUAUCAGGCCUCUGUCCCCCUGCGCUUCUUCUGCCUGGCGAAAGAGCGAAAAAUCGACCUCUUGAUGUGUGUAAAUAGGGGCAGUGUCUGCAAUUUUCGCCAGCCGGGAGGAAGAGGGAGUAAGAGGGGUUUCGUUUUAGUUUACAAAUGUGUGUCGUCAUUUUCUUGUCAGAUUUUGUGCGGUUUCCACAUGCCGUCUGUGCAUUUGGAAGAAUUUAAGCUCCGGUUCAGUGAAUCAGAGAGCAUAUGAGCGAGUUUGUUUCCAUAAUUGCUUUA